AAAUGUCAAACAAUUUAAUGAAUGGCACUAAAGAAAGCACAGUUCUCGCGAGUAACUCACUUGUUUGAUGAAAGUCCUCAACCAAAUCUUUCACUCCUAUCAUAACUCAAUAGUUCCUUUGGUUUGAUCACAUGUCUUAUCGUAUUAUUAUGAUAUGCUUUGAAGGAACAUCUUCCUCCAUGAAACUUGUUUUGGGAACUCACUGGCACAGGAAGUGUUGAACUCGAUGUUGUGAUGGCUUUGAAUGGUGUUAUAUGCUUGGCGAGUGUAGUUCCUCAACUGGGUUGUGGAGAUUUGGGUAUCAAGUCUUCUGGGCUUGUGUGGUGUCGAGUGAGAGACUUCGAGGGAGUACGCAAAUGGGAGCCUUGUGGUGUUUUUUUGAGUUCAUCAGCCCACACCCCAAUAAGCUCUUUUGCAGAUAAGAAUCCACUAAUUCUAGGCGCUGAAUUGCAGCAGGUCACUGAUCAGUCCACCAGAUUGCAGAAGGAUUUGAGCUAUCUUCCAAGACCAUUAUCUGUAACAGAUUUUUCUACUUCUCCAAAUGAUGGUACAAAUGUGCGGAUAUCAUAUAAGGGGGUACCAGGUGCAUACAGUGAGGAUGCUGCCCUUAAAGCCUUUCCUCAAUGUGAAACUGUUCCGUGUGAUGAGUUUGAAGAUGCAUUCAAGGCUGUUGAACUUUGGCUGGCUGAUAAAGCAGUUCUACCGAUUGAGAAUUCUUUAGGGGGCAGCAUCCAUCGUAACUAUGAUUUACUCCUUCGUCAUCGGCUCCAUAUCGUGGGUGAGGUUCAAUUGACUGUUAACCUCUGCCUCCUAGCACUACCAGGUGUCCAAGCUGAGCAGUUAAAACGGAUUCUGAGCCAUCCUCAGGCACUUGCACAAAGUGAUAUUGUCCUGAGUAAAUUAGGUGUUGCCAGAGAGAAUGUCGCUGAUACAGCGGGUGCUGCUCAGUUUGUAUCCUCAAAUGGACUAAGGGAUGCUGGUGUCGUUGCAAGUGCUCGAGCUGCAGUAAUUUAUGGGCUUAAUAUACUUGCCGAAAGAAUCCAGGAUGACUCUGAUAAUAUUACUCGUUAUUUGGUACUUGCAAGGGAUCCAAUAAUUUCUAGAACAGAUAAGGCCUUUAAGACAAGCAUUGUAUUUACUUUGGAAGAAGGUCCUGGAGUACUGUUUAAAGCUUUAGCAGUGUUUGCACUGCGGGAUAUAAGUUUGUCGAAGAUUGAAAGUCGGCCACAGAGGAAGCAGCCACUAAGGGUGGUUGAUGACUCGAACACUGGGACUGCAAAGUUCUUCGAUUACUUCUUCUACAUCGAUUUUGAGGCUUCCAUGGCUGAGCCUCGUGCACAAAAUGCUUUGGGACAUUUGCAGGAAUUUGCAACAUUUCUUCGUGUACUCGGUUGCUAUCCUAUGGACACAGUUCUAUAGCUGUUCAUGUUGUUAGUGAUCUCCAGAUAAUUUUUGCAUCCUCUUCAGGCAACAAAUACUUCGGUGGAGCAGUGCAGAAGUUUCCGUCGAUUAAAUCAUCAUCAGAAUCUCGUCAACACUUCUACCUUUUUCCAUGUGAGGUAAAGCAUAGUUUUCUUACGAAUGAAUGUACAGUUCAUAUGAAAUGUUCAUAAGUUACAACAAAGACGGUUUCAUGUUUGGCCACUUUAGCCUGAUCAGAGGGCUAUCUGUUGGUCAUUUUCACAUAUUUUACACCAUUGAAUAAAUUGGUUGAAAUUAGACUGUUGGCACGCCCGCCUUACGAUAA